GACCAAUCAACACCAACUUCUGGUUGCGCGCGGGGAUGUAAGAAGCAGUCUGAUGAGCCUGACUGUACCAGUGCAUUGCUUUCUCGAGAUUUUUCUUUUGUCUCGCUUCAGUAUUUACAGUUCAUUGCAUUGUCCAGUUUUGUGUAUAGUUCAAUAUGGUCUUUUGUCUGUAGAGCAGUAGUCAGUAUGACAGAUGCUUGUGUCGAGCCGGCUCAGGCUAUCAAGGCCAUAGACAGGCACUCAGUGCACCAGAUCUGCUCUGGUCAGGUGGUGCUGACUCUGGCCACCGCCGUCAAGGAACUGGUUGAGAACAGUAUCGAUGCGGGGGCAACUAAUGUUGACAUCAAACUGAAAGACAGUGGAGUAGAGCUGGUGGAGGUGUCUGACAACGGCAAAGGAGUGGAGGAGGCCAACUUUGAAGGACUGACUCUGAAGCACCACACUUCCAAGCUGAGAGAUUUCUCAGACCUUAUCCACGUGGAGACAUUUGGCUUCAGAGGUGAAGCCCUCAGCUCUCUCUGUGCUCUGAGCAACCUGAGUGUUGUGACCUGCCAUGAGUCAGUUCAGGUAGGCACCAAGCUGGUGUUUGACCACAGUGGUCACCUGGUGCAGCGGUCGCCCUGUCCCAGGCAGCCGGGCACCACAGUCAUCCUGCAGCAGCUCUUCUACACCCUGCCUGUCAGACACAAAGAGUUCCAGCGCAACAUCAAGAAGGAUUUCACAAAGAUGGUCCACGUGCUCCAGUCCUACUGCAUUAUCUCCACAGGGGUGCGUAUCACCUGCACUAACCAGACAGGGCAAGGCAAACGCAGCCCAGUGCUCAACACCAGUGGCAGCCACAGCAUGAGGGACAACAUAGGGGCCAUAUUUGGACCGAAGCAGCUUCAGAACCUCCUCCCGUUCCAGCAGCUAUCUCCUACAGAGAACGUCAAGGAGGACUAUGGGCUCACAGGGGCUGAGCUACCCCAAGAACUGUUCACCAUCUCUGGGUUUGUAUCCCGGGGGGACCACGGGGUGGGGAGAAGUGCCACUGACAGACAGUUCUUCUUCAUCAACAACCGCCCGUGUGAUCCUACGAAGGUCUCUAAACUUGUGAAUGAGGUUUAUCACAUGUUCAACAGACAUCAGUAUCCCUUUGUUGCUCUGAACAUAGCUGUGGCCUCAGAUUGUGUGGAUGUAAACGUGACACCAGACAAGCGUCAGAUCUUCCUACAGGAGGAGAAGCUGCUGCUAGCCAUCCUCAAGAGCUCACUCAUCGCCAUGUACGAAACAGGCGUCAACAAGUUCAGCCUCAACCACACAGCUUUACCUAGCACCAAUUCUUACCGACCUGCGGAGUCUGAAGAAGGAUGUCAGGUGGUCCCGUCAGCUGAGACUGUUCUAGAACCCAAUGACAACUCAGAGGCUGUGCUCCUAAGCCCAAAGACCUCAUCUCUGAACCUGGCUGGGCUUAAAGCUGCAUUCUCUGUGCACAGCAACCAGGGUACAAGGAGCACCACAAACAUAUCCAAACCUGUCAGUGGCGGUCCCACUCAAAAAAAGCUUCAGUCUUUUUUCGGUGGGUCUCAGAAGGGUAACACCCCCAGACCAUCUUCACACUUCCCAUCGAGACCCACCAGAGAUGUCCUUAAAGGUUCUCCAGCAGGCCGGUCUGUGUUGGAGGGGUUCAGGUAUGGGAGGUCUUCAGACAAUGAUUUAGACUCGAGCAGAGAGGGCACACUGUCAGAGUGUGACUCUACCACAGCAACCCCUGAGAGCCUGCAAGGUACAGGGUCAGAGUUCAACUCUCCUGAUGCUACGGACAUCGUCAGCAAUCCUGGUACUAAAAACGAGAUAUUUGAUGAACAUUUAGACAACGGGAAACCAUCAGACUAUCGUAGUGAACCAUACCUUUCCACUGCAAGCACAGACUUAAGCCCUGACGCCAAAAAGCCUAAGCUGGAGGAUGACCGUUUCUCCUCAGACAGCCAGGAUUCAGCCCCAGCCUGCAUUGAGGGAUCUUCUGGCCCGAGGGUGGAUGCCCCCGGGCGUUUCCAGAAGAGGAUGGAGCCACUGCAGUUCUCUUUUCCAGAGCUGAAGGGGAAGGUGCGAAGGCUGCAGCAGAGGCAGAGAGACCGGGACGAGGACAGACUGAGAUACAGACGCUUCAGGGCUAAGAUCAAUCCUGGAGAGAACCAGAGUGCAGAAGACGAGCUGAAGAAGGAGAUCAGCAAAGACAUGUUUAAGGAGAUGGAGAUCAUCGGCCAGUUCAACCUUGGGUUCAUCGUCACCAAGCUAAAUGAUGACAUCUUCAUGAUCGACCAGCAUGCCACCGACGAGAAGUAUAACUUCGAGAUGCUUCAGCAGCACACUGCUUUGCAGGGGCAGAGACUCAUAGCACCUCAGAAACUCCAUCUAACCGCAGUCAGUGAAAACGUUCUCAUGGAGAACCUGGAGAUCUUCCGGAAGAAUGGCUUUGACUUCCUCAUCGAUGAGGAUGCCCAGGUGAUGGAGCGCGUGAAGCUGGUGUCCCUCCCCACCAGUAAGAACUGGACGUUCGGCCCAGGGGACAUCGAGGAGCUCAUCUUCAUGCUGAGUGACAGCCCAGGGGUCAUGUGCAGACCGUCCCGGGUCAGACACAUGUUUGCCUCCCGAGCCUGCAGGAAAUCUGUGAUGAUUGGCACUCCUCUGAGCGUCAGUGAGAUGAAGAAGCUGGUGCUUCACAUGGGAGAGAUCGAGCAGCCCUGGAACUGUCCUCAUGGCCGACCCACCAUGAGACACCUGGCCAACCUGGACAUCAUCUCACCGGACUGAGACUACAACCCUUCAGACACGUGGCUCUCUACCUUUCAAGACCAAAGCGAAAGCAUCACAAGGUGUCUCGUUCCUAAACUGAUCUGUGGUACAGAAAUGUACAUUUCACUGCAUCGCAGUGUGGAAAGUUUUAGUAGCACCUAAGUGAAGCUUGAGUGGAAAAUUGUCACGUGAAUAAAAGCACAGUAACGGAUCUCGUCUGCUUGAUCCUGUAAAUAUAUAUCCAGUAUCAGAUGCUUUAAUUUGUUUACAUUUUCUUAUUUCAUCAUAAAAAUGUUUAAUACGUUCACGUAUAUGCUCAUUUUCAAUAAAGUGACAAA